AUGCCGUUCUUCAAAGAGCUGCGACGGCGCUCGAAGGCCAGCUUCCGGACUUCCGACUCUUCCAACGACUCAAACGGGAAUGUCCCCACCACCAAAUCGUCUUCGACUCUCAGCUCUGCUCUAGGCGGUAGCACCACUCCGCCUUCAACCUACCACACCAACGGUUCCAACAGCAACCUAGGGAAUGGCAAGGCUAACAACGAUGCUUUCGUUCCGCCCGUCCCGCAACGUCCGACCGUUGUACCAUAUUCCAACCGGAACAGUACCAUUACCCUCUCGCCAUCCGGUUCGACGCCGACCAUGCGCGCACCUUUUCCUACGUCCCCAUACGCACCGAAAAUCACAUCGAUACUCGACAAUUCCGUUGUCUAUCAGAAAGUCUUGUUGGUCCAGGGCGAAAUCGGUGAAGCAGCCCAGAAGCCCCUGGAUGGGACAGUCACCAUAAACCACGAUAGGGACGGGCUAUCAUUUCCUCCAACGUAUUGGCCAGUUUCCGACUCGUACUUCAAGGCCUUGGUCUAUCUAUCUCCUGGUUGGAAUAAGAUUCGCUUCGACUUUACGUCCCCAAAACUCAGCUCAAGCAGUAACCCUGCUGCUCCACCAUUGCAUUCCUCUUUCUUGAUGCUGAACUAUCUGCCGCUGAACAGCGCCCCUCCACUACAUCUCGUCAUACUCGCUGGGCGCGAUUCGCCAUGCACCUUCGAUGCUUCUCCAGAACGCAGAGAAAAAGAGGGAAAUGACUUGGACCUUGCGAUGAGAAAAUUUCGAAUGGCUGCGCAUCUAUGGCAAGCAUUUACAGCGGAACAAAUGUACCGCAACAAGUUUGGUCGAAGAUGCUUUCGUUUUGAUGAAGAGUGGCAGACCGGUACUCUUUCCAUGAGAGAUUGGGAGACCGGAACCAUGAAAAAUGAAGCCAAAGUGCACCUCGUCCGCUCAGAUAAAACAAUGGAAGAGCUGCGCACCCUACAGAUUGCGCAGCAGUACGGUCCCGCUGAUAAGAAAGGAGAGCUCUACUCCAUCGCAGCAGAUGCCAUCAAAAAGCAUUUUCAUAUGCGUCCGGGGCAGAAGCAGUACGUUGCAUGCUUGCUGAUUGAUUCUCAAUGGGAUGCGGAAGCAGGGACCAUUCGUGCUCAUGCAGCGCUGGGUGGAAGCAGCGACAACCUCAACCUUGCUAUCUUUGGAUCACACGCGCUGCAAAGCUACCCAUCUUGUAUCGAAGAAGUUGUUCCUAGCUUCAUGGACUGUACACCAACAGACACGAAGCACGUGGCGAACGACUGCAACGAAUCCGGAAGCAGCUGGGAAGCCGCCAACAUUGGCAUAGGUGCUCAUAUGCACGAGGUUGGUCAUCUCUUAGGUUGCCCACAUCAGGAGAACGGGGUCAUGCUCCGAGAUUAUGUGCGCCUGAAUCGGACUUUUCUCAUCCGUGAGCCAUACGCAACCCGCACGAAGUCACAGGGAUUGAAAGUAUGCAAGAUGGAGGACGAAUGCAGCUGGCAUAGACUCGACGUACUUCGCUUCCGGCAUCACCCCUGCUUCAAGCUCCCCGCCGAUGAGUCGACGUCGGCGCAAGACGACAGCAGUCAAUUCUUCCCUGUAGACAACGGACGGAUCAUCUGCUGUGCAGCAAGUGGUAUUUCUUUCAUCGAAAUCCGCACGGAGGGUGACGACGUUUGCAGACACUGGAUUGACUACAACACGAACGAUCCGCGGAACAGCAGUCUUCCUCGUCAAGUCACAUUGACCGACGCCGAUAUUCGUGCACGACUGCCGGAGAACAAACGGAAGCGGAAGAUCCAGCUUGAGGUUUUCUCUGGGGGCUCAGGUAAAGUGAAGAUCGAAGACAUGGAUGAUCUGCUUUCUAAAAAGCACACGGUCAAUCUUCCCCCUGUCCGACAGGCUCCCAAACAGGACGAGGGCCUGACUAUGAAUGCGCUGAAUGGAGUCGUUGGGCUCAGCCGAACAUUGACCUCGCGCUUAGGAUUCAAGAGCAAGAAAUUGGGCCUUUCGCAGCUUCAAGGCAGUCAAGAACAAAUGGUUAUUCUGGAGAGUGCCAAUAUCCAGUCCAAGCUCUUGACAUCGGUGAAGACCUAUCAUGGUUUGGGCCUGGAUGGCUUGGAGUUCUGCUACGAGGAUGGCAAGUCGCAGCUCUUUGGCAAGAGAGGCGGUAAGCCGGGAGGUGAUGAAUUCUUCCUUGAUACUCGAAGAGGAGAGACGAUUCUCGGCUUUUACGUGCGAGCAGGGGCCUGGGUUGAUGGCAUCGAAAUUCUCACAAGUACUGGGCGACGUUCUGGUGUAUUUGGCAACGCCAAGGGAGGCUCAGGGCAUACUUUGAUGGCGCCUCGAGGGUACUAUUUGGCCGGCAUAGCUGGUUCUUGUGGUUCAUGGGUUGAUGGGUUCCAAAUAAUAAUUACACGGUGA